AUGCCGUCUACCACGACAACCGCCGCGGCGGCCGCAACGACCCUCGAUCUCACCGGCUGCGGAGCCUCCUCUUCGGCCAAGGCCGCCGAAGACCUCGACAUCUACGACGAAAUCGAGAUCGAAGACAUGACCUACGACGCAACACUGCAAAUCUACCACUACCCAUGUCCCUGUGGCGACCGGUUCGAAAUCUCGAUCGAUAGUCUGAGAGAAGGGGAGGACAUCGCUGUCUGUCCUAGUUGCAGUUUGAUGGUGCGGGUGAUUUUUGACCUGGAGGAUUUGGAGGGCGCGGAGAAGGAGGAGAAUUGA